GGGGUGUUGUGUGUGAUUCAUUGUUGUUUUCAUUUCACCGAUUACAUAAGGAAAAAUACUUUCACUAGAUAAGAGAAUCUCAAUUAUUAAUGUUCAAAUCGAUUUUUACAAACAUUUCUAACGUAGUUAGGGGAUCGAGCAGAUUUACUGAAGGGUCUGCCAUGGAGCUUCUUCAUGAUGUUGACGUCCCUGUUGAGAAGGCCACUUUUGGAAUGGGCUGCUUUUGGGGCAUUGACUCUCUCUACGGGGGAAAAGUUGGAGUGAUUCGCACUAAAGUUGGAUACGGAGGGGGAAAGAUGGCAAACCCCACUUACUAUAACAUAGGUGAUCACACAGAAAUUACUCAGGUCGAUUUUGAUCCUAAGAAGAUAACUUAUGAAGACUUGCUGAAGGAGUUUUGGAAAAAUCACGACCCAAGCUACAAAAUGAAAACACAGUACUGUUCCCUGAUUCUCUACCACAGUCCUGAACAGAAGGCUCUGGCAGAGAAGACGAAGGAGGAAUACAAACAAACACAAAAAAAAGAAGCGUCCACGAGGAUCGAGCCUUUUGACAAAUUUUAUGAUGCUGAAGGGUAUCACCAGAAGUAUCAUCUACAGCAGCACACAUGGCUAUGUUCUGUGCUAGGCCUAGAUGACCCGGACAGCUCCUUACUGCUUCAAUCCCAUGUGGCGGCCAGACUUAACAGUUUCCUCGUCGGUUUUGGGUCUUUGCCGCAGCUGGAGGCAGAGGCCCCUCGCCUCGGACUGGACGAGCAAAGCCUUGAGUACGUCAGGAGGUUCUUCAUCAAGUAUCAAGGCAGAGGAAUAACUUGCUGAAUAUAUUUUAGUAUUGUUGGCUGUUGGCACAGGGUUUAUUUUUAGUGAUUGUUAAUCGAGUAUCAACGUUGGAAUUACUUAUUGAGAUAAGUUUGUCUUACUAUUUAUGUAUUAUUUUCGCAAUUUACUGCUUUGUUUGUUGGUCUUCUUAUCGUCAACUUGGUUCAGAAACAAUGUACAGGGGAACCUCAAUAACAAACUCCUCAAUUAGCUAUUGUUUUCUUGUUAAUGUGUUGAGAUCAAAAACUUGUUAUACCGAUAUCAUGUAUGGGGCUAGGGUAAUCAUUAUUGAUUUUUAAAAUGGUGUGUCCGGAGUUGGUAAAAUUAUAGAUUAAUAAAAAUUAAUAGCGAGUCACCUUUGACAACAAGUGCAUUUUCAUAAUUCCUCUAAUUUGUUAUUACCCCUAAUACAAAAGGUCUACAAAAAGUCUGGGAUACAAACCUCGAUAAGAAGUCAACCUUAGUACAAUAAAUCUUAUUUGAUGAUUCCCAUGAGACUUGUUAUCAGGGCUCUACUAUAUUAUAAAUUGAUUUUGUUCUUGCUACGUGUAGGUUUUUCAUCUUAAAGGUUGCACUGUUGAUUUAUAAUGUUACAAAGAUGGGUCAUUGGUAAGUGACUUUCCAAACUAAUACAUGGAUAUAGGAAAUUGAAGUCCUUUAACCAGAGUUUUAUUUAGUUAAUAUUUUGAACUGUAAUCCCUUUACAAGAAAUUUUACAGUCUAGUGUAAGCGAUUUGAAUGAAAGAAGUUAACAUAUUUUUACUGAAAUGUUAAAUAUAGUCCUUUAUUAGAAUAACUAAAUAAAGUUACGGAUCAU